AUGCUCACACUCGGAACAAUUCUUUACGUUUCGCUCCUUCUAAUUAAUGCAAUGGCAGUCCUCAGUGAGGACCGAUUCCUUGCGAAAAUCGGCUGGUCCUCUGUUCAGAACCCUAACGCUGGUUUUCAGCCACCAUACGAUCAGUCAGGGUACGGAUAUACCCAGCAGCAAGACGCUGGUGUCAAAGUCCGAUUAAUCAACCUCAUUAGUGCUGUGCGGACCCUCAUGCGUAGUAAGUGGCACAAGCCUCAAGUCGGAACUUGA